AGAAACUCACAGUUACAGAUUAGCUAUGGCAAUGGCGGAGCCAAGGAAGCUCAGAGGCCAUAAAUCAACCGCCACCUGUUGUAUAUCUUCUCGUGAACGGCCGGGACUUGUUGUCACUUCCGGCGAGGAUGGUUGCGUUUGCUGGUUUGAUUUGCGAUGUAAAGAUGUCCAAUUCACCAUUGACGUUGGGACAGAACCAGUUUCAUCUCUUUGUUUCAAGACAGGUAACGAGCACAUUCUAUAUGCUUCUUCUGGAAACGAAAUCAAGUCUUUCGAUGUUCAUAUGCUAAGUGCUGCUUCUUGGAAGCCAUUAGAGAGUUACAAUUACAACAAAGAUGAAAUCAACCAGGUAGUAUGCAAUGGAAAAUCAUCUUUUCUAGCUUCUGCAGAUGAUUCUGGUGAUGUUAAGAUCAUUGACGUUGGUCAGAAAUGCCUUUAUAAAACCCUUAGAGCUGGUCAUACAAGUAUAUGCAGUAGCGUGCAAUAUCCAUGGAGACCUUGGGAAGUUAUAACUGGUGGGCUUGAUUCAAAGCUUGUUUUGUGGGAUUUCUCAAAAGGUCGCUCGCAAAAGAUUAUAGACUUUGGCUCUGAUACACAAAGUAACUCAGGACAAUGCCUAAACCCUGCGUUUGUCCACUCGAUAGCAGUUCCGGAAAUGGACAUGGUUGAUAAGUUAGACAAGAUAUGCGCUGUUGCUAGAGGUGAUGGAAUCGUAGAUUUGAUCAAUAUUGAAUCAGAACUUUCCCGGAAAGUAACUUCAUCAACAUCAAAAGGAAGCAGCAGCAGCAGCAACAACAAUGUGAUCAAAAGGGUUCGGUUAGAUUACUCUGUUGGUGGACACAAAGCUGCUGUGUCUUGUGUAGCGUUUUCUCUGUUUCAAGAGAAAGGUAGAUUCUUGAUCUCAGGUGGUAAUGAUAAGACGGUUAAAAUAUGGGAUUGUUUUAAAUGUCUUGGCUCAGACAACAACAUUAAUAACAGAGAUCUCGUCCAUUUGAAUGUAGACCUAAACAAGAAGGUGAACUGGCUCUGCACGAAUCAAUCUGAUUCUGAGAAUCUUGUUGUCUGUGACACAACAAGAGUAGUCAAGGUUUACUCAAUCUCGUAACUGAGCCUGAUGGGUUCAUAAGUAGACUGAAAGAUUCGUCCUUUAUUGGACAUUGUUUGUUAGUGGACCUUCUCAAGUGGUUGCUUGAUCCACAAGUUAGUUAUUUGUUCUUAGGUUCAAAAUGCAAGAUACAAUUAAAUUGCGUAAUCGCAACAACAUCAUAAUUGCUACAACAUCUUGCGAUCAAAGAUUGAUCGAAAACGGUUCACAUAUGGCAAAAAAUCG